GGCAUGCUAAGGCACAUGAAAAUCAACAAGGUGCUUGGUGACAGCCAGCAUGGCUUCACUAAGGGGAAAUCCUGCCUGACCAAUUUGGUGGCCUUCUAUGAUGGGGCUACGGAACUGAUGGACAGGGGUAGAGCAGUUGAUGUCAUCUACCUGGACUUGCGCAAAGUGUUCAACACUGUCCCACACAACAUCCUUGUCUCUAAAUUGGAGAGACAUCAAUUUGAUGGAUGGACCACUUGGUGGAUAAAGAACUGGCUGGAUGGCCUCAUGCAAAGAGUUGUGGUCAGUGGCUCAGGGUGGAACCCAUCUAUAUUUCUGGAGUGACAGGAGGAUCCCAAGAGUUGACUGUGCUGGAGGCUGAAAUCAGCCUGACUGGGAGGGAAUGGCAAAAGCACCCCAUUGUGACUGGUCCAGAGGAUCCAUGCAUCCUCACCAUAGACUACCUCAGGAGAGGGUACUUCAAAGACCCGAAAGGGUACCAAUGGGCUUUUGGUAUUGCUGCUUUGGAGACUGAGGAAAUUGAGCAGCUGUCCACCUUGCCUGGCCUCUCAGAGGAUCCUUCUGUUGUGGAGUUGCUGAAGGUCAAAGAACAACAAAUGCCAAUCACGACCACAACAGUGCACCAGUGGCAAUAUCUCACCAACCGGGACUCCCUGAUUCCCAUCCAUCAGCUGAUCCGUAGACUGGAGAGUCAGGGAGUGAUCAGCAGGACCCACUCGCCCUUCAAUAGCCCCAUAUGGCCAGUGCGAAAGUCUAAUGGAGAAUGGAGACUAACAGUAGACUAUCGUGGCCUGAAUGAAGUCACACCACCAUUGAGUGCUGCCGUACUGGACAUGCUAGAACUUCAGUAUGAACUAGAGUCAAAGGCAGCCAAGUGGUAUGCCACAAUUGAUAUUGCCAAUGCAUUUUUCUCAAUUCCUUUGGCAGCAGAGUGCAGGCCACAGUUUGCUUUUACUUGGAGGGGGCGUCCAGUACACGUGGAACCGACUGCCCCAGGGGUGGAAACACAGCCCUACCAUCUGCUAUGGACUGAUCCAGACUGCACUGGAACAGGGGCAAGCUCCAAAACACCUGCAAUACAUUGAUGACAUUAUUGUGUGGGGCGAUACAGCGGAAGAAGUCUUUGAGAAAGGGAGGAAAAUAAUCCAAAUCCUGCUGAAAGCCGGUUUUGCCAUAAAACGGAGUAAGGUCAAGGGACCUGCACAGGAGAUUCAAUUUUUGGGAAUAAAAUGGCAAGAUGGACGUCACCAGAUCUCCACAGAUAUGAUCAACAAGAUAACAGCAAUGUCUCCACCAACUAAUAAGGAAGAAACACAAGCUUUCUUGGGUGCUGUGGGGUUCUGGAGAAUGAACAUCCUAAAUUACAGUUCGAUUGUAAGCCCUAUCAUGUGACCCAGAAGAAGAAUGAUUUUAAAUGGGGCCCUGAACAACAACAAGCCUUUGAGCAAAUUAAACGUGAGAUAGUUCAUGCAGUAGCCCU